UGCUUCGCUCUCCAAAUACUGACCUUGUUGGAAAGCUGACCUCUCCUCUUGUCAUUCUUCGCAGAGGAGAUAGGACAUAAUGCAAGUAGCAGACAUCUGCUUGCAGCAAGCCAGGUAUGGGCACUAUCUCUAUCGCAACUGCAUCCUGCUUAAUUUCUGUCUGUGUGCAUAUUUUUUUAAAGAGGUAUUCUUAGAGGAAUGACUGCUUCCAGUACCCCCCCCCCUUCUGCUUUAAGCCUGGAAGAAAGGGGAAACUUCCCAGUGGAGAAGCCCAUAGCAUUUCCCCUUUUAGUCAAAACAAGAAGCUAGUUUGACUGUGCUACAGUUUAUAUUAAUGCUGCCCCUGUAUGUAGCUUGAGAGCAUGGAAAACUACCCUGCUUGAUAAGAAACCAUUCCCAGGGUGGUUGCUUAAAGGUAAAGGUAAAGGGACCCCUGACCAUUAGGUCGUCGCAGACGACUCUGGGGUUGCGGUGCUCAUCUCACUUUACUGAACGAGGGAGCUGGCGUACAGCUUCCGGGUCAUGUGGCCAGCAUGACUAAGCCACUUCUGGCGAACCAGAGCAGCUCACGGGAACACCGUUUACCUUCCCGCCGGAGCUGUACCUAUUUAUCUACUUGCACUGUGUGCUUUCGAACUGCAGGAGCAGGAACCGAGCAAUGGGAGCUCACCCCAUCGUGGGGAUUCGAACCGCCGACCUUCUGAUCGGCAAGCCCUAGGCUCUGUGGUUUAACUCACAGAGCCACCCGCAUCCCAGGGUGGUUGCUUAGUCAUUGCCAAAAAAAAGGACGAAAGGCAUCACACACAGAGAGGACACAGGCUUGCAAACAUUUGCAUAUGCUAAUUUAUAUGUAUAGGUGCUGGUCUAGAAAUAAUUACUAUAAUUUAAACUGGCCUCUACCAAGCUGGUGUCCUCCCUAUAUUUUGGGCUACAGCUCUCCUUAUCCCUGGCCAUUGACUGUGCUGGUUGAGACUGAUGAGAGCUGGCGCCCCAAACAUCUGGAGGACACCAAUUUGCAGGAAGCUGCUUUAUACAGAAAUGCCUCUCAUCAUGAUAUGGAAGACCAUGACCUGAUGAACUGUGUGCUUGCUGAGUCUGCUGUUCAGUGGUAUAACUGUUGGUGGGUGACUUCAAGGUCGGUACACUCCCUUCCUAUGGCUCUUAAUCUCUAAACUGGACUUGGGCUAGGCAGCCCUCCAAUCAGAGAAUACCUUCAAGCUGAGAACUGUUCUCUGUAAAGUAGGAGUUGAGAGGCAUGUAGAAGAAGUAUGAGCAAUGUAACCAUGUGGUUUGCAGGUCCUGGAUUAUGCAGAUGCUUUGAUUGACUGUUCUCAACCAUGGGCACUGAUGAGUUUCUCCCUAACCUCAGCUUGCAAUUUCUCAAAUAAUUUAGAAGCUGAGCAAGAGUAUCACACAUACUUGUAGAUAGGAAGGACUGCUUGUCAGAAGCCCUCUUGUGUAUCCCAAAUACCCCAUAAGUAUAUCUAGUUGGGACCAGGAAACAGGCUUUUUUGUAGCUGUAUUCAGGCUCUGGAAUCUGCCUCUCCCCCUUUCUAAUGGCUUUCUGUAAGAUGGUCAAAACCUUCCUUUUUAAGAAGGGUUUGGGGAUCAUAAAUGGCUGUCCUCUUUUUGAAGUGAAUUUAGUUAAACUAAAUUAUUUUUUAUGGCUGUAGUGUUUUUGUAUUGCUGUUUCAGUAUAUUAUGGCUGCUUCGUUUUAUUUAUAGCCAUGGCAUUGUGUUUAAAAUUGUUACAUUAUUGAUUUAACUUAUGUUGUUAGCCACCUUGGUUUUGUUGAGGAAAAGUGGGAUAUACAGUGGUACCUCUGGUUGCGAACGGGAUCCAUUCCAGAGGCCCGUUCGCAACAUGAAAAAACCGCAACCCGCAGCUGCGCGUCUGCACACGUGCGGGUUGCGAUUCAGCGCUUCUGCACAUGCACGUGGUGUCAUUUUGCACUUCUGCGCAUGCAUGAGCGGCGAAACCUGGAAGUAACCCUUUCCGGUACUUCCGGGUCACUGCGGAAUGUAACCUGAAAGAACGUAACAUGAAGCAAACGUAGCAUGAGGUAUGACUAUAAAUAUGAAGGGUAAGUAUGUUAACCUCUAUUUAAAGCAGACAAAAGACAUAGAUAGCUGUGUUGAUCCUUUGGGAGUUGGGGAGGUGGAAUCCAAAAACCAAAAAGGUUUAUUAAGACCAACCAUAAUGUCAGGAAACAAUGAGUAAGCUUUUAACUUCUCCAUAAGGCGGGAUAUUAAACAAAACCUGGGAUCAGGAGGGUGAAAAAGCUGGGCUUGGUGUUGGAGCCCCAAAGUCUGCAGUUUCUGUGAGUCUUAAAAUGGAAUGCAGACUUAAUUACUCUCUGAACCUCUGCGAUUUCAGCUGUUCCCAAGUAUUCCCCGCCUCUUUUGUGUGUUUGCUUGUUUGUUUAGUGUUGCUGGGGAAUAUUAAACUUAGGGUGAUCUGCAUUGAUUUGUUUUGUAAUGUACCAUGUAUGAAUGAAUGAUUGCUUGUCUCCACAUCAACAUCACUUAUAAUACAUUAAGGGAAAUAAAAGAAGCAAUGAAAAUUUAAAAUGAUGUGGACAUUCCGUGAACCACCUCAGUGGAAGCUCAUGGGCCACAGUUUGGGGACCCCUACUCAGACUGACAGCUGUCUGUACCAUGAAGUAGCCCCUCAAAGUAUGACUAGCUGGUUUGUUAUGCAAAAAUGUACCACAUGUAAAGCAUGUAAGUCAUGGUCAUUGCAGGAACCAAAACAAAUAUAUGUAUGAGAACUUGAAUCAUUUUCCAACUUUAGCAUAUUUUUGAAAACCCUGAAUAUCCCUGGCUGGAAGUGGUUAGUCAGCUUCUGCUGUGCUAAUAUUAUAUAAUUGCUUAUGUCAGAACAUAUUUUCUGCCUUUUUUUAUUCUGUCAGUAUAGUUGAGUCCUAGGAAACUGUUUAGAAAGUACCAGUUAUGAACUUGCCCUGCUCCUAUGGAUAUUGCAAGCUGCAGGCAGAGCUUGUCAUGCACACAUGGCUUUUCCAUUCAUUUCCGCACAGAGCACCAAAGGAUUGUUGGGAUACUGCCAGGGAGACAAAGUCCAUCAUGACUCCACGUCGCCUCCGGACGUCCAUCGAUCUCCCGUAGAUACAGUAUCAGCAAUUAGCGACACGAGCUCCAGAAAUAGCUUGCCACAUUCCAGAGCUGAUGCACGCUCUAUCAGCAGAAUUCACACAGUGAAAGAUGCACGCAGGAGAGCAUUAUUUACAAGUUUAUUCAGCGUUGGUCAGAACAAAGAAAACAUGACUGCCUGCUUCAGUGUCUCAGACACAGAGAGAGAAACGAAAGCAUAGACACAACAGAAACAUCCUGUGAACAGGAAAUACGCAGGCUGUGACACAAACAUCCUGCUCCCUUUUAAGGUGGAACGGAAAUAUCCUAACAAGGAUAUCAUGUGUGGUCACCUACCUCUGUUCAAAUUAAUGGGGACUCCUGCACACAUAGCCCUGGAGUACCUUGCAGUAUGCCUAGAACUCUAGGUUGAGGCACAUAGCUGGUAUUAUAUGUCAAAAAUCAGCCUUGUACUUAUCCAAAAAUGUCUUUCCUUGUAAUUCUAGUACUUAAAUUAGCCCAUCCAUAUGGACUCGGGGUCUGAAGGCAAAUAAUGCAGCAACCUUGUUGAAGCUAAGCAGGUCUAGGUCUAGCCACAGCUUGAGAGACGAUCUGGAACAUUAUUAUUAUUAUUAUUAUUAUUACAGUGGUACCUCGGGUUAAGUACUUAAUUCGUUCCGGAGGUCCGUUCUUAACCUGAAACUGUUCUUAACCUGAAGCACCACUUUAGCUAAUGGGGCCUCCCGCUGCCGCCAUGCCACGAUUUCUGUUCUCUUAACCUGAAGCACUAUUUCUGGGUUAGCGGAGUGUGUAACCUGAAGCGUAUGUAACCUGAAGCGUAUGUAACCCGAGGUACCACUGUAUUUAUAUACCACCCUAUACCCACAGGUCUCAGGGUGGUUCACAGAAUAAAAUCAGGAUAUAAAACCACAAAAUCCAUAAUCAAAAUAAAAACAACAACCCAAUAACUCCCCCCCCCACGCACACACUCAUUUUAAAGGGGCAUAGGAUGUCAAUCAAAUCAACCAAGGUAAAGGUAAAGGGAACCCUGACCAUUAGGUCCAGUCGUGACCGACUCUGGGGUUGCGGCGCUCAUCUCGCUCUAUAGGCCGAGGGAGCCGGUGUUUGUCCACAGACAGCUUCUGGGUCAUGUGGCCAGCAUGACUAAGCUGCUUCUGGCAAACCAGAGCAGCACACGGAAAUGCCGUUUACCUUCCCGCCGGAGCGGUCCCUAUUUAUCUACUUGCACAUGACGUGCUUUCGAACUGCUAGGUUGGCAGGAGCAGGGACCGAGCAACGGGAGCUCACCGUGUCUCGGGGAUUCGAACCACCGACCUUCUGAUCGGCAAGUCCUAGGCUCUGUGGUUUAACCCACAGCGCCACCCGCGUCCCACAAAUCAACCAAAGGUCUGGUUUAAGAGGAACAUUUUUGCCUGGAGCCUAAAGGUGAAGGCACCAGGUGAACUUCCCUGGGGAGAGCAUUCGCCAGGUGAGCAGCCACUGCAGAAAGGGCCUGUUCUCGUGUUGCCACCCUCCAGACCUCUCGAGGAAGAGGCACAUGAAGAAGGGCCUCAGAAGAUGAUCUCAGGGUCUGGGUAGGUUCAUAUGGAAAGAGGCAGUCCUUGAGGUAUGGCCGUCCUGAGCUGUUUAUAUGCCAGUAUAAAUUUCAUGGUGGAACAAAGAACAAAUAGAAACUGAAUAUCACCAUUUUACCUGGCUGCAGUAGGCGAGAUGGGACAGCAAGACCUACUCCUUCCCCUUAUCUGAAAAAAAGCUGCCCUUUCUCUCCUUCCCUUCCUGGACUCCCUUAGUCUUGCUGACUCUUAUGAGAACUACUGAUGUAGCUUUAAUAAUUGGUACCUGAGAGAGUUUUCCUCUCCCUUUUCCAUUUUUCUGAUCAUGUCAGUUAGAUGUUAAGCCCAGAGGCCUUGGUUGUUGUUGUUGUUUUAAGUCUGUACAGUAUAUAGCAAUUUUUAGCCAUUUAAACUGUAAAUAAUACCUUCCAAAACCAGAAAUCAAUCCUGAUAUUUCUUCCAGAUUAAGUAACAGUUUAUUGCAUUUGAACUGGGGAAGGUUUGCACAGGAGCAGGAAGCAUUUAAUAUAUUGCUAUGGGGUGUCUUCCUCAGAAUCAUGUAAUUAAACCAUAGAAUUGGAAGGGACUGUGGGAGUCAUCUAGUCCAACCCCCUGCAAUGCAGGAAUAUUUUGCCCAGUGUGGGGCUUGAACCCACGAUUUUGAGAUUAAGAGUCUCAUGCUCUGCCAACUGAGCUAUCCCAGCAAGAUGCUGAACUUGUGUCAUUCCAAGCUGGAAAAAAGUUGGAGGGUCUUGCAUACUGCAAUCCAGUUCCAGAGUAAAGAUGGGCAGUUAACAGGUGGUGCAUUGUUUGCAAAGUUGUAUCCUGGAAGCCAUUUGUCUACUUUUAGAGUUCUAUAAUGAGCAAUCUACAAGCAGAUACAGGAGAAGAGGCUAUUUAUGACUCUGCUUUGGGGGCACCUCCCUCUCUGCUUUCUGAACAUGCCAAGUCAGGAUUUAUAAAGAAAUGUUAAAGUUAGCUGUCAGAUUUUCUUGGCAAGCUAUAGACAGUACAAAGUCUUUAGGUUACAGUAUGCAGAGGGUAUCUUGGGAAGCAGUUGACUCAGCAUAUGGCUACCUGGAUAGAGCAAUACAGAUAUAUUCCAGUGCAUAGUAAAUGCUGCAUUGCAAGUGAAUUUUGAACCUCUGGAUCAUGUUGAGUGUUCCUCUGGAAUCUGAUAAACUGGUAUUCCUUCCAUCUCCCAACCCCCCUCCUUGUGCAGUGCAGGGAAUGAAAUGUUUCCCCUCUACCAUAAUACCCCAAGAAUAUGUAAAAGCCACUAGAUUUUUCUUUUCCUUUUCUUUUUGGCCAGUGGAGGAGGCAUUGCACAUCCAAACUGAUAGGCACUCAAGCCCCCAAGUUUACUACUGGAGGAAAUAAUUGCAUCAGUGUCAUUUGAUCAGAAUGCAGAACAGUGGAUAUGUUUUUGAGAUUUACUUUUGUCUUUAGGUCUGUCACCUGAUGCCUCUUCGGAAGAAUGUGCUGGCACGAGUAAAACAGAGCAGCAACAUACAACCCCUAUGCCACCUACUUCAAAGAAAAGAAAACAGGUUGGUUGGUUUUAUUCUCACGACUACCCGUGCAGAGAAAGAUGAUGCAUAAUGAAAAGUAGGCAAUGGAAUUUCUGUGCUGCUUGUUGGGUAGAAUCCAAAUACUUGAGUUUCUGGGUCUAUAGCAAUUCUACUAGUUGGUACUUGGUUGGCAGCUCUACAGUUCAGCAUUUUAUCUAUCACCAGUUUAGUGACCACAGUGUGCAAAUGUCCACAGUUAUACUGUCUGCUGCCAAUGGGAAUUGUAGUUCAAAACAUCCAGCGGGUGAAAGCUUCUUUAGAGCUACAGCACUAGAAAAAAGCAGUGUAGACUCUGAAGCAUCUUGUCAAAAACUGCAAAGACCUCUUAAAGUCUUUUGCAUCUUAAAUUGGAGCACUUGGAAAAUCCAAAAUAAUUUUUGAGUGGGCAGAUGGGGCAAACAUUUCCCUACCAAAAGCUAGCAGGUGUGGAAUUUACCAAGACAUACUGCCAGACAUCUUGUAUACUGACUGCCUGUUUUGCAAAGGCCUUUGGCUAAAAGCAAUAAAAAAUUUUUUUUAAAGAAAACCUGACUACCUUUUAAAAUUAAUUUGUUACGUUUUAGUAUAUACUGCUGUUUCAGCCUGUUCAAGCUGAUUUUCUGCAUCAAAGCUUUCUUUUAGAACACUAUAUUUCUUUGUUGGUGACAUCUCAAUGUCUGGAAGGCGAGGGGAGCAGAUUUUAAAAUAAAUGUUGCUUUGAAGACCAGUCUGAAAACCCGUUCUUCCAGGAACUUUGCAUGUGCUGUUGCCAAAAGUUAGACUUCGGCAAAUACCCCCACAGUGCUGAAUGUGGCACUGCCCUCUGAUGAGUGUGAUGAGCACUCCAAACUUCAAAGCUAUAGGGGUGGGUAGGAUUGUCCAUAAAGCUGGACCAUAAAGAAGGCUGAUCGCCGAAGAAUUGAUGCUUUUGAAUUAUGGUGUUGGAGGAGACUCUUGAGAGUCCCAUGGACUGCAAGAAGAUCAAACCUAUCCAUUCUUAAGGAAAUCAGCCCUGAGUGCUCACUGGAAGGACAGAUCGUGAAGCUGAGGCUCCAAUACUUUGGCCACCUCAUGAGAAGAGAAGACUCCCUGGAAAAGACCCUGAUGUUGGGAAAGAUGGAGGGCACAAGGAGAAGGGGAUGACAGAGGACGAGAUGGUUAGACAGUGUUCUGGAAGAUACCAGCAUGAGUUUGACCAAACUGCAGGAGGCAGUGGAAGACAGGAGUGCCUGGCGUGCUCUGGUCCAUGGGGUCACGGAGAGUCGGACAUAACUAAACGACUAAACAACAAAGGAUUGUCCAAGGAGUUUUAUAGCGAUUCUCCACCAGUCCCAAAGUUGGGAGGAAGGCCUCUUCCUCUGUAAGAAGAAAAGCAGACAGGGUUGUCAUUGGCUGCCACUGCUUGAAGGCACUCGGAGCACUAAUGGGAAGUGCUUGUUCCAAUGAAGCCUUUCCCUUGGAAAAGAUGGCUGGGUGGAACAUUCGGUGCUGCUUCUGGAAGACACAUCACCUUCUGGCAGCAAGGCCUAACAGUGCAUGCUUCAAACACACCUCUGACCUUUUUCUCUGGAAGUGCAGGCCAGGUGAGGAGGACUCUGCCAACAAAUUGUUGAUUCCCAAUAACCAUAUACACAUCACUUCUCAAUGUUGCUGCCGUGGGUCAGACAAAUUGCUUUAUUCCAUUGCUUCUAAUCAUCGUGACCCUUCUUGGCCUCAAAUUAAGCGAAAAUUGUGAAGGGUAGAGUCAGAUACUCUUAAACUGGCAGGGUGCAGAAACAGAUUUUCAACAUGUUCUUUUAAAUGUACACCCCUACAAAAAAAACUCCAGUCAUGUGAUGUUUUGUAAGGCACAGGACAUGAUUAUACAUUGAGAAAAGGUCAUUCGCAAACAGUGCAGCAACAAUCACUUUCUGAGUGCAUUUUUCUUGUUCACUCUAUAUAAUUAAUGCCAAGGUUUUUUUUCCUGUUGUGUUUAAAGAAUGCAGUUAACCAGCUGUAAAUUCCAUAUCUAAAAUGGAUAGAGUUCAUUCAUUAUGUAACAUGAGAGCCAGUGUGGUGCAGUGGUUAAGAGCGGUAGUCUCAUAAUCUGGGGAACCGGGUUCGCGUCUCCGCUCCUCCACAUGCAGCUGCUGGGUGACCUUGGGCCAGUCACACUUCUCUGAAGUCUCUCAGCCUCACUCACCUCACAGAGUGUUUGUUGUGGGGGAGGAAGGGAAAGGAGAAUGUUAGCCGCUUUGAGACUCCUGAAGGGGAGUGAAAGGUGGGAUAUCAAAUCCAAACUCUUCUUCUCUUCUUCUAGUUAUCUGUUUGUUAAAUGGUAAACCUGCCCUAUUCCUGUUGUUAGUUCCCGCUUAUCUCCAGCUGCAGUAUGCUUUUGAUUUCUUCCACAGCCAGGCUGAUUUGGACAGAUCGAACAUGAUCCAGAAUCUUUUCAUUUUUGGCAGAUGCUGGCAGCCGAGACAUGUGCUUAAUUCCCACACACCGGCUCAGUUGUGUUUCUAAAGUGUUUUUAAUGAUGAUGUAACUCAGCCCAAAUGCUCAGCUUCUUUUCCUUUUUUCUUUCUUUCCCUGCCCACCUUCCCUACCCGCAGGCUACAGAAUGUUUCCUUGGUGCAGAAAAAGAGGACUCUGCGAAUAAAAACCAAAGUGAAGCAAAGCCAAAGAGAAGAAGAAAGGUAUUGACUCCUAACUGACAUUGCAACAUAGCAGCAUAAAUGCUUCUCUGGCAGCUGUUAUAAAAUGCUUCAGAAUUGUUAGGAGACAACACAAAACAAAUGACUUUUUAAAAGCUUUAAAGUUUAUCCCCACACCUUACCCUUUUAGUUCUGAGGGUUAUUUUUCAGUCACUGAAAAUCAUUUCAUUCAAGAAAAUUCCAUCCUUGUUUUAUCUUACUCCACUAAUAUAUUUGAGCUAAAUCCCUGUUCAAUAUACAACUGAGUAAUUCAGUGUAGAGAAGUAUUUUUUGCAUAUCACCCCAAUCUCCACAGCAGUUCCAGGGGUUCCAGGCGCUUACCCCAGGGUCUGUGUUUCCUUUAGUACAAUGAGGCACAACAGAGACUAUGGUGUCUUUCGGAUAUAUGGUUUAUUUACAUGUAUACACAACCCAAUCCUGUGAUAAAAGGGGUUCAAAGCAUUGCAUUCCAAGAGCCUCCUAUUUCUCCCAUUGUGGCAACCUCCAAUUCAAACUGUCAGUCCACAUUAAAACAGUAAAAUUAUUGGUAAAAACAGUUCAAUACAACUUUUUAAAAAAAUUAAAGCAAGUGAUAUGUGGGUAGGAUAUCUGGAUAUCUGAAUACAAGAAGAGUACAGUGAAGGGACAUGCCUUAUUUGUAUCAUGUAAGAUUUGGUUUAAAAAACAACAUGAAUAGCCAUGAAAUAUAUUUGAAGUGAAAACAGACAUUGCAACAUUAAACUUGUUACAAAAAUGCUAAUAAAUCAAAUCUCUUGUUCAAACCACUAGGGAUAACUGUCUGCAAGUUAUAAAUCCAACAUACUCCCAUUGAGAAGGUAAAACAUGAGGAUCUUGUCCUUUCUGAGUUGAUAUAUGGGUGUGCUCAGUUGCCAAAAACUCCCAAAUUCUCAGAUAUAAGAUUGUAUUCCAAAAAAAAAAAAAAAAGCUGAGUUAAUACAGCAUCAGGCUUUUAAGUUCUAUUAUUACUCUUUUCACUUAUGCAUUAUCUUAAAGCUCUACUAAUUUGUUGCACAUACCAACACGGACGUAGUAUCUUUACUCUUGAUUCAACAGGCAGGUGCAAGAUACCCAAAUUCUGUACCAGGAGUUGCAAGUCAAAGACCUACCAAGCUGAACUCAGCCUGCCAACCAUGUCUGGAGGUCCACAUGGGAUAAAAUAAGCUUCCUGUUUGUGUUACCUUCCUGGGAAUCCCAAAAAACAGGAGGUGUCAGGCACCUAGGCCUUCUAUCUGAUCCAACAGAGCUCUUCUUAGGUUCUUUCAUAGAAUUGUAGACAGAGAUUCGGCGGGCACCUUUUGCGCCUCCCCCACUCGCGGGGAACCCCGUUUUUUGGGGCUCCGGAGCGACAUGGGGUGAGCGGCGCGGUGCAUCGAAUCGUCUGCUUCUUCCACAGAGCGAAGCCGCAUAGCUGUUGCCGGAGAGCGCUGACCUUUUCUUGUGGACAAUUUGACUUUAAAGUAAUUACCCGUGAGUAGAGCUGAAGCGGAAGAAUUGGAUUUCUAAAUGUUUAAUUUGGUACCGUAACGGGGAGGUUCAAAACAGGAAGUCCGCCUUCCCCUUGUGUAAAUAGACUGAGGCAAUGAAGUUGCAAGCUGGAGUCCUGGAAGGUCUUUUGUAAAAGAUCAAAUUUCCAACGGUAAAGAACAUUAAACCCCCUCUUGGAGGCAGGAGAAGAGAGGGCGAAGUUGAGUAUGCCUGCGGGAGAGAGCGAAGAGACUUAAAACACCGCCGCUCUGUCCCUGGAAAUGGGCUGCUAGUAGGACUGACGUCUUUUGGAAUGUUCAUUGACAGCACUUAGAACGUUCAUUGACAGCUAGUUAAAUAAGAGAAAUACAUUGUUUCUACUGUCUCUGGCUGCUUUAAAAAAGGAGUAAAAGUAACUGAAAAUUGAAACUAAUUUGAAACUAAUUUUGGAUUGUUUAAAAGAGGAUACUAUUGACUAUUACAAAUAGAAACUGUUUCCCCCUAGUGGAAGCCUUUGAAACCGCUUGCUUUACAAGAGCUGGACUAGGGGAAUUUCCAGCUGCAAGUUAAAAACCGUGAGACUCUGGGACUAACCUUGAAUCUUUUAAGUGUUAUGGUAAAUGGAAGAGGAAAAACAGAUCAGUCAACUGCUGACAAAACAUUAAGGUCUGGGAGGACUUGGUAACAAUCCAGGAGAGGUCUAUCAUUAGGCCCUACUGUUCUUUCUGUUGCUGACUUUGUACUAGUAUAUUUAAAAUCAAGAGGAAUGUCGACAGAAGAGGCUUUAGUGGCUGCAUUACAUAAGAUAAAUGACUCAUUGGAUCAGCUUCACAGGAAAAUGGACACGAUAAAUGCGAAAGUGGAUGUUUCAAUUACUAAAAUUAACUUAAAUACAGAAAGUAUAAAUAAUACCAAUACAGAAACCACCCAGAAAUUGAUACAAGAACCUAUUUUGAUAUGGCAAACUGUGGAGGAAGUCAGGGAAAAAGCUGUGGCUGCUGAAGGUAAAGUAACACAACUGGAGAGAAAGAGAAAGAGAACCCCAGCCCUACAGAGGCAAUUUGAUGAACAUAAGUUGACGCUUGCUAUGACUGAACUUAAAGAAAAACAGACGAAUUUGAGGAUUAGAGUUCACCUUUGGUGGACAUGCCCAAGGAUUAAGACACUCUGGGAGAUGAUUCAUAACGAAAUGAAAAAGGUAUUUAAAUAUACCCUUUUGAAGAAACCAGAGGCCUUUCUCCUGGGCAUGGUCGGCCAAUUGGUGUUAAAGAAGGAUAGAAUUUGUUUCAUGCAUGCAACAAUAGCAGCAAGAAUACUCAUUGUGAAGUACUGGAAGACACAAGAUUUAUCCAUUCGGGAAGAAUGGCAGAUGAAGUUGAUGGACUAUAUGGAAUUGGCGGAAACGACUGGCAGAAAUCCGAGACCAGGGAGAAGAGCUGGUGGAAGAAGACUGGAAAAAGUUUAAGACUAUUUAUAGAAAUACUGUAAAAAUAAUGAAUGUUAGAAAAAUGUUGGAAUGAAGCUAUAUGGCUUUAGUAGAAAUGCUAUAAGGAAUCAAGUAUAAUUAGAUUAAUAGUGUAUUAAAGGGAAAAUAAGGCUAAAAUAUGUUAAGAUAAUUAUAGGAUAGAAAACAGAGGAAGAUGGAAAGGAAUUGCUGAAAUAAUUAAUAGAAGUGGAAAACGAAAAGGGAGGUGUGAGGAGGUCGUGGAAAUAAGGGAAUGAAAGAUAAGACAUCGAAAUUGUUUUGUGUUUGAAAUGGUUUGUGUUUUGCUUUGUUAGUUUUAUGUUUUUCUUCUUUUUCUUUUUUGUUCUUUUUUUGUCUUUCUGUUUUGUUGUGUUUAAACGGUGGAAAAUUAAUAAAUAUUAUUUAAAAAAAUAAUAAUUGUAGACAGGGACCCUGAGGAUCAUCUAGUCCAGGGGUCAGCAAACUUUUUCAGGAGGGGGACACAGUCCCUCAGACCUUGUGGGGGGCCAGACCCACCCUUUCCCGAAAGGACCCCUCUGCCACCACUCAUGCUGCAGCCGCCAACACCGCCUUGUCUUCGGCAGCAUCAUCGUUGUCCUCUGCCUUGGUCAAUGGUCCACAGGGCACAGAGCCCAUGCUGCUGGCCUGGGCGGCGGAGGCAGCCUCCCCGCCGCCGCCAUACGUGGCCGCCUCAGCAGGAAGGAAGGGGCGUCGCCCAGAGGCGUCUGCAGCUUCGGAUUGGCUGUGGGAGCUUCCUGCGGCCAAUCCGAAGCCGUGCCAGCAUCGCCGCCUGCCCAGAGGCACCCGCAGCUUCAGAUUGGCGGCAGGAGCUUCCUGCAGCCAAUCCAAAGCCACGCCAGCAUUGCGGAAGUCAGUCCCUGCACGGCGGGGCCUCUGUGCCACGCAGGGACUGACUGAGCGGGUGGCAGGGCCCAAAAGGUUUGCAGGCCGGAUUAACAAGCCCAGUGAGCCGCAUCCAGUCCCCGGACCUUAGUUUGCCGACCCCUGAUCUAGUCCAACCCAUUGCAAUGCAGGAAUAUGCAGCUGUCCCAUAUGGGGAUUGAACCUGCGACCUUGGCAUAAUCAGCACCACACUCUAACCACUCUAUCCUGAGCUAUCCAGGCUGUCUUAAACAGGCACUGGGUUCAGUUGUCAUACCUGAAUAUAUAUUCACAAGCUCUUCUGCAAGGAUGUAAUAUCCAUGUUAAAAAAAUGUUCCAUUGGAAGGUUUUUGUUUUGGAGACUGACAUCACACCUCAUUUUUGGUGCUUUCCAGAGCAAUAUUUGUAGCAUUAUAGCACUGAAUCCCAGAAUGAACAAGCUGUAAGGAAAUAAGUGUGGCAUGGAUAUCACAGCAAACGUCUCUGUGUCCCCACCCCCAAUUCUUCCUUUUUAAAAAGCCUUUUGCUCUUUAGCAUCUGGAAUGAAUUAGAAGCAAAAUAAUAAAACUUCCUGCGUGAAGAACGUUUCCUCCCACAGCUCUUUGAAGGAAGGGAAUAUAUUCAGGUGUCCUUGUUCUUACCGUUAUGGAAUUUCUUGUUAAUAUCAGCAUCACCCUCCAGAGUACCAUUAUUUUCCUGAAGGAAUUGAGUGACUCAAUGAAUGAUGUAAUAGCGCCAUGAAAUAGUGCUCUUUCCCCCCACCUCCCGGCUUUAAGUGAAGUGAGUCCCAUUGAUCUUUGUCAGAUUCUUAUCUGCUUAUGUAUGCUAUGUUAAACAAAUGCAAAAGAUCACUCUGAAAAUUGCCCAGGAGACAAUCUCUGCCCUUAAAGGAAAAUUUUAAUUUGUUGAAUUAGAAAAUGUAAGCAUGGAUGGUGCUAUGGUCUUGAAGGCAGAACAGUUCAGCUGUCCCUUUUUGCUUAGAGAUUUUUUUAAUGCUUGUUUGGGAAAAUCCCAUAGAAACUUGAUGAACAGCUGAGCAGAGAUUUGGGGGAUGGUUGAGAGAAAUAUGGAUAAAAGCCUCCCAUUUGAUGUGACUCCACAUUCUUCAGGCCACUGCAGAAGCUAUAUGCAUAAGCAAAUAUGUUAAAGCUGUUUAAACGUGCUAAAAAAGCAACAGCUUUUAGAUAGCUUUUGCCAUAUCCAUCUAAAGUAUUCUAGACUGAAUCCUGGUGUCUUAAUCCAUGUAGGCUACAUAAGAUGUCCCACAUGUAAGGUUUUUGAAGACCUGUUGUUUUCAGACUAGAAAAAGAAUAGAAAACAGUGUAUUUAUCAAUAAGAGUGGUGAAGAUGGAAUCACUGUGCUGAAUGUGCCUCUUCUUCUGUUUCUUUAGAAGAAAAUUUCUGAUAUUCUUUCAAAAUCAUCUCCAAAACCAGGAGUACCUGAAGACCUACAGAAACUUCUUAAGGAACAUUUUUGUGCUAAACGUUCAGUGAUUGAAUUAGAAGAAUUACAGUUGCCAGGUAAUGAAAUAUAUUAUAUAAUGAAGGAUAUUAUAAAAGAUGCACCAACAGAAAGAACAAUAGGAAUGUUAGUUUGUAACACAACUGUGGCCUGGUUCGUUCAUGCUAAACCGUGCUGCAACAUUUAAUUCUGAUCCCAGCCGAGCAAUGUAACUAUGAUUUAUUAAAUAUAGUUAAAGGUCAGUCAUUAACCAAGGUUUGUUCUUGGUAAACCUUUGCUAACAUUAACCAUACUUUAGUGUGAUAUGCAAACCCAGAGCACCUCCUUAACUAUGGUUAAGGAGUGAUCACCACCCAAAAGCUACAGAGCCGCAAGUGAAGAGCAACAGAAUAUUCAAACCAAACUCAAGUGUCUGCUAUGCUCACUGGUGCUAUCCUGCGACAUCAUAAACCAAGGUUUAAGUGAUUGUCUGCCAGGCACCUCACCUUUAACAAUGGUUUAAUAAUCUCUUUUUAUGUAAAGUGCCCUGGAAGCAUGGCUGAGUGUAAAUUCCUAAAGACAAAUACCUAAAUAAAAUAAAACACAUUGAAAGAAAUGGAACUGUGUAUGAUAGAGCGGGGGAGAUGUUUUGGCUCUCUAGCUGCUAACGAAAGUCAGCAAUAACAUACUUGUGUAAGCAGCAGGAUUUCGUGUAUCGCUUUGUAAGCCCCUAGCUCCUGGAGAUACAGAAAGUAUAGGAUUUGCUGUUCUAGGCUGAGCCAGGGUUUGGUGUGGGUUGCAGGAACUGUUCUGUAUAGUUGAACUGUGCAGUUUUGUGGUAUUGGUUAAUGAUUCAGCUCUUGAAGGAGAAAGCUGCAAACAUUCCGCAGCAUGCACAGCUGGUUAAGCAAAGCUAUGUUUAAGGAUAAGUUAGGAGUGGGCUGUAUGGCGAGAUGAUUUUAGAAGGAAUCUGGGUUGGGCUCAGUGCUUUUUUUCAGGGGGUACUCAAGGAUACACAAUACCAGCACCUAUUUUUCUAGGGGGAAAACACUGGUUGGGCUAAAUGUUGUUCCCAUCAUUUAGCUAAUCCGCUUUAAAGCUUCUUGUUAUUAGCUGUGAGUGCUUGUGAAACUCUGCCUUUCCAAAGAGCACUUUACAUGGCUUUUGGCAAAAGAGCUUUCCUGGAAGAUUUAAUCAAAGGUCUUAGUUUUAGCACCAAGCAACAAUAUUCUCUUGCGGUUUCAGAUGCCUGUUUCCUCCCUGCAAAUGACCUCACCCACAGUUUUUCUUCCUACCUGAAAGAAAGUGAGUAGCUCAUUGGUCUGAAGGUGUUCUGUGCAUAUAACUCUCAUGCCCAUUACUUUCCUUAAAGGAUUAUAAUCAAAUUUAGAUUUCCAUUAUUAGUCUAUAUAAAAACGUUUCUUAUUCUGCUGUCUGUUUUCUGUAUAGAUGCAUUACCUUAACGUGGUUAGAUUAUGUUUGUUUUGGUCCUUUAAACAGAAUUGGUUAUUUUCUUAAUGUUCAGCAACAAACUUGCUUGCUUUAGGUACUUGGUGAUGGUUGACAAUAAAAAUUUUGAUGAUUAAAAAGACAAGAAUACAUACACAUUUACUCAUUGCAGUCCAGUUAUCAACAAUUAUCAAUUUGUGCUAGAAAUCAUCACAUUUCUCCCCAGAUUCUGAACUGGUAUGAACAGUGUUUGGAAGGGUUUUAAAACCAAGCUCUCAUACUUGAAAAUAUCUAACGGAGCCCUUGUGCCAGAUAGAGUUAUAGAAAAAUGGAGUAUACAUACAAAUCACAAAAACAAAAAAUACUUGAAUAAUAUACAAUGAUAUAUUGUGAUCAUAAAACUGGUGCAAUAUUUAGUUCUAUAAUAUUUACUAUAUUUAGCUUUAUGUGUGUUUUUUUUAAUAUAAAGAGUAAAGUGGAACUUAAUCUGUAGCGUUUCUUUUAUACACACGUACACACAGAGAUAUAAAGAGAUCAAAACAAUAUUAUGCUAUAGUCAUUUGGGAGAUGGGACAGCUUGUCCAGUGUCUCUUGACAUUUUAGGUGGUCUUGCUUGGCCAUGCUGUUUGAUGCUCACCUACCUGCCUGGAGUGAUUAGCUUUGGAAAUUUAUUUAUUACAAUGUGGCUUUUACAAAAGUCAAAUAAACUUAAAAGUUUGCCUACCUGCCAGUAGGCACGUAAGCACCACCAUGUUCUCGUGCAAUUAGUCAUUGCUGUACAUUUUGCAUAACUGCUCCUGCGGCAUGUUAUCUUCCCCACUGCAGUCUGCCCCAAAUGGGCGAAGCUCCGUAAAAACCACACAGAGAAGAAGUCGGUGGUGAUGAUGAUAAUCUGCAGCUCCGCUCUUCGCUGUCUGGAACUCAUCAAGUAUGUCGUUAAGCGAUGUAAUAGAAGCUGGCACCCUUUUCUGAGGUUUUGUCUGAAACCACGGAAUCACAGGCAAAACCCGGGCACUGUCUGUCCUCUGCUAGCCUACGAAGUCACAGAUGUAUUUGCUCAGGCAGCUUCCCUACACUGGUAGCUUCCUUGCCUAGCUCUAGCAUGAAUAUUUCAAGUCCAAAAUAACAUUUUGCAUUUUUAAAAAGCAUCUUAACCUGUUGCAUAUGGUGCCUUGUUAGUUCUGGGAAGCAUUAGUCUCCACCAAAUGGAUUGGGAUGCUACAAAUGUGUUGCACCAGUCCCACUUCCACUCCUUCCUUGGUUGGUUUGGUUUUAUAUGUGUGGUUUUAUUAAAGAGAAGGGGAAGAGUGAUAAAUCACCAAGGAGGACAGAGGUCAUUUUAUUAGGUGUGUACAGAAAAAAUUACAGCAGAUGGGGGUUUUUUUGGUGCCCCCCCCCCCCCGCCGCAUAAGGUGCACUUUCUGAAUUUCCCAAUUUUUCAUGACAGCUGGAACCUAUACUAGUUUAGAAUAUUUGUUCAUAUAUCCCAAUAUUGGAUGCUCUGAUUGGCAGCAGCUCUUAAAAGUCUCACAUAGAGAGAGGUCGUUUACAUUACGUGCUACUUCAGAUGAAGCUACUUGUAUUUGUAGAUAAAGGUAUUAAAUAUGGGGCCUUCUGCAAACAAAGCAUUGCUUUACCAUAGCUCUACCACUGAGCUAUGGUCCCUCUCCCCAUAUUUUUUAGUAAAAGGUACAGCCUUCUCCCUUAUUGCAUAAGUUUGUCCGAAUUUGAAUCCUGAGCGUUCUCAUUCUUCAAGCGGAAAUCAUGUCCCUAGGCCAAGAAGUCUGACACCAUUAGUGAAGGUACAAGACUGCUACCACCUAGAACAGAGGUGGGGAACUUGUGGCAUUCCAGACAUUGCUGGACUCUCAGUUCCCACCAUCCCUGUCUAUUGGUCUCACUGGCAGGGGCUGAUGGGAGUUGGAGUCCAACAACUUCUGGAGAUCCAUAAUUUCGCCAACCUCCCCAGACACAGAGAGAGGUAAAACAAAAACCGGAACGUGUGUCUCAUGUUGUAGGCUGGAAUUCAGCAGGUAUUCCCCAGGGCUGGAAACACUGAGGAUCAUUACAAUUUAAUAAACAUUCCCUUGGUGCAUUCAUUCCUUUUGUACUUGACAUAGAUCAGUUCCUGUCCUCGUUUUCUUUUCAGUUCUAUUUUUCUUUUUUAAAAGUAUUUUCUGCUCUAGGUCAAUGGCAGCAUUCAAAGGAGAUGGCAAGGUGAUGAAGAUGUUUGCAAAACACAUAAAGGUAAGCACGGUUAAGAGAGAUGAGUUUAUUUUUAAUAACUAUUUUCUGUUCACUUGCCCUUUGGGUAUCUCAAAGCUCUUCUAACUACUUCCACCAAUUACUAGUCUGCUAAGAGAUCAGCAAACAGGGGAUACUAGCCUCUUGGGCUAGUAAAAAAGAGAAAGGCUUCUACCAUGCAGGGAAGAGGAAGAGGGAAAGAUCACUCUAGCUCCCUCUGCUAGCCUUCUUUUUUUUAUACUGCUCCUGGAGGAAAAGCCUUUCCUUCUUCCACCUAGCACAGAAACCAAGUGGUAUGGCAGAGAAGGGAUGUAACAAUCCCUUUAGCAAAAUGGCUAAAUACAGAGUGUAGUUGCCUUCAUGUGCUAACUGUGUCCAGUAAGUAUAUUUCCCCUGCUUAGUCCUAAACAAGUUACUGCAAAUUCAGUCUGGUGCUAACUUUAUAAAGUCAAGUACAUUAUGCAUGUUAACUUCAUACAGAUGUCCAUUUCUUAGUUCCACAGAAGCAUACUGAUUUUUCAGUUGUUUGUAGGUGGUGAUGGAAAAACGUCCAUUAUGGAAAAAGGUGGAAGCAUUGAAUAGCACAUUAAAAGAAAACAAACACUGUUUAUAGUUAGUAGGCUUUAGUGGCUUUCCUUUUCCCCUUGAAAAGUUUCCUACUUAGCUUCCUUUUCUUUUCCAUGGAGUAAUGCAGAACGUCCAUUAGUCUAGAGAUUUCUUCAGACGUCUUUUAAAUAUUUGAGAAGGAAUUGGAAAUGUAUAUAGUUGUUCUCUCCCCUGCCUCCUGCAAAUGCUACCUUUUUCUUUGUUUCCAUCAAACAGAUACAAGAGCAGGUGAAGAUGCUGGAGAAAGGGGUCAUCCAUGUGGGUGUUGGGACACCUGGAAGGAUCAAAGCCCUCUUAGAGCAAGGUAAGGCUGUGUUGCAGUAAUGAAAACAAAGCGUUCCCCCAUCCCUAAGAAUGGUUUCAUGAGUCUGUAUAUUUGAACAUAUGUGGCAGGCCUUGUUUGCAUGCCGCAAUAAGCCAAGAAUCUGUGCUUAAUAAACAAUGGUUAUGCACAAACUGCAUACAGAUGCACACAGCCCAGUCGCUUCCCCUUCACUCAUCCCUUCGUACAAAUGGGUAAGCAAACUGGGAAGGGAAUAGCUUACACCUACACAGUGCGCUUAGCACAGUCAGACUGCGAUGAAGCUCUUUGCCUGUGCUAUAAAGGCAUCAGGCUGAGCUUUCCUGGGAAGACCAUUCCACAAAUGGGGUUCAUCACCAAAAAGGCCUUUUCACUUGUCAUCUGCUCCCCCAGCUUCAGAGGAGGGUCUCCAGAGUUGAUCUCUGUGUGUACAGGAAGGUUUGUGUUAUAGAAGGGGGUACCAUUGAUGCUCAUGCUCACCUUUUUUGCAGUUUAAAGCAGGGAUUUGCACAAUGGAGGGGCUGGAGUGUGCAACCCUGCGACUUCUACCCAGUCUCUUAACAAUGGUUGAGCAAGAGCCAGCAUUACAUCAUUUUCAUAAUGCUGCUUAUGACACACAGCUUUGGGAAUUUGAACAGAAAAGUAGUUUAUAAAUAAUAAAUCAUCAGCGUAAUAAAAGCACAGUUCUUGUGUUUUUAUGAAGUAGAAGUUUGGGGAAUUAGUUGCUGGCACAUACUUGGGAUUAGCAUGCCAGUGGCCGUUCUGCUUUUGUGUUUAGCUAUUGAAUAGGCACAGGACUGAUUUCAUAGCCAGAAACUUGCAGGCAUCUUUCUUUAUUGUCCGCUAACCAAGAAGGGCAGGACUCAAUAGGCAAAGACUAGCUGCCUGGGGAUUGAUUGGGCAGCAAAGAAUUUUAAAAGCCCAGUAUCAUUUUGAUAAUGCACUUACCACGCUACUAACAAAUGUCUCUUACUGUCUCCUCAGAUGGUCUUAGCAUGACAUCCUUGAAGUAUGUCAUCUUGGACUGGAAUUGGAGAGAUCAGAAGUUAAGAAGAUUAAUUGACAUCCCUGAGGUACCAAGCAAUAAUAUUUAACAAGUAAAAGCCUGUGUGGUGUCUUACAUUCUUCUAUUUCGCAUUCUAGAAAUGCAAGGGGAAAGGGGACUUUUUACACAAACGCAUACCAUAAUUUUAGUUUUCUAAUCCAAGGCUUAAGAGAUACAUGCUGGGCCAUUGCACACAUUAUGUGGGGAACAUGGGCUUGUCACUACAUGGGUCAGCUGGUCUUUACAUGGUGCUGUGGUGCUGAAGGGCUCUGUCUAACUGAAGCAGGAGAGGAAGUAUAUUCAGUAAUGUCUUGGGCUGCCUCUCUCUUCAGGCUCUGUGGCAUGCUUACCUUUCCUGCUGUGAUUCUCUUUAACACCUCAAGCCUACAUUCAUUUUCAUUAAAGUCAAGUUCCAUUUAUUUCUCUGACACCUCCUUUCAAAUAAGCUAUGUAGGAAAGCAGCAGCAUAAGCAAGUCCUCCUGCUGCUUUCAAAAAGUUCCAGACCGUAGGAUUUCCAAAUAGAGUGUCUAACAACAACAACAACAAUCCGUUAGAGGUAAGCCUGGAGAACAGAACAAAAAUUCUUCUAGCAGAUUUCACAUACGUACUUUGUUAACUCCUGCCCUCUACCUAAGGAGGACAAAGCAAUUUGAUAUUUAACACUUACACUUACCUUCUUUUGAAAAAACACAAUUCCAUAAUAGGGCAAAUCAUCUGAUCCAGUAAACUGAAUUUAUGAUCAAAAUCUGGUGGCUUAGUGGGGAAAAUUGUACUUUUAAGGCUGUACUCCCAAGCAUACUUUCCCCCUUUAUUACAGUUGAAAUUUUAAAAAGAAAAGUACAGUUGAAAAGUACAAAAUACUGUACAAAACUGUGACAUGCAACUGCAUAGAUGCAUAUAAUCUAUGUAUACAAGCAUCACAUGAUUUAUACCUAUUUUCUCCUGUGCCACCGAAACCAAAACUAAAAGAUAUCUUGAUUAGAAUACGUUUAUAUCCCACUAAAACAGUCCAAAGCAUACUUAACUUGGUAUUAAUCCCUCGGGUAUGUUUAGGGUUGGGUUGUGAGUGAACUGUGCUGAUUGCUAUACCUUGUAAUUUAUGGCAAACACUGUUCUUUAUAUGCUAUCAAACCAGCAGGCACUUAGCUACAUCCUCGGUCAGAAAAUGCCCUUUAAUACAUGGAAGCAGCAUUUGCAGUAAUGAUAGACCAAGAACCAUAGGAUGCAUGAGAUGCCCUCUGGUGCAGCAAAUCCAUUCUAUCACACUUUUCACAAGCUGGUUAACAAACCAGGAAAGGGCAAGCUUUGUGUUAUGUCUGAAUAUCUGGGGAUGUGGUGUAUUUGACCCUAAUAAGCCAGGAUUGCUAUCCCUCUUUAAAUGUUGUUCACUUAUAAUUCCUGUUCAAUUAUUGUUAUUAUUAUUAUUUAAAAAGCCAAAAUCUUGGAUUUAGAAGUAGCACUCAGCUUUUCCCUUCCUGGUUUUACACUUCACACAUGUGAAGUGAAGAAUGAAGCAGAAACAAUCAGGAUCAAUGCACUAGCAAGCAUUGUGCACAGUGCACAUUGUGCCAUACUUUGUGCACAGUAUGGUUGAUUAACCUAAGGAUAAUUGUUAUGUGUGAAUGUGGCCAGGGCCUCUUUUGCACUAAAUGUGUUGCGUUUGACCUUUCCACUCUUAAGCCUUGUUUUACCAAGCUGUUGAAAAUGUCACAAUAUAGUAAGCCCAUUGGUUUUCUCAAUGUUCAGAAAAGUCAGCUACUAGAGAUUGCAAUGAAUUUCCAUAACUGAAGGAAGAAGGUGCCCCCUUGUGGCAUUUUUCAAUGUGAAAUUAUUAUAGUAGCAGCUGAUGCAGCUGGCAAAAUGACUAAUAUGCAUACAUAAAACUGAGUUUUAUUGAUUUUGCUUUCCAGCCAAAAUGCUUGUAAUUGAAACAUCGUUUACUGUCAGUUACCCCGAUGACCUUUCAAACAGGUAUAGGUUAAAACUUCCCUGCAGACAAGCUCAAUAUUUUUUUAAUUUUUACUAGGCUACUUAGCCUCCCACAUGCAGACAGUGUUGCCCAGGCUGACUUGAGCGGUGGAUCUGAUAAACUCCUAAUGCAGAAGGAACUGUUAAUUGCCAUGGGCAAGUGACAAGCUGCAAGUUUGCAGGCAUGUUUCUUAACCAAUGGUGUUUCAUAAGUACAUGUUUAAUGAGGGGAGUGUUGUGCCACUAUUAAAAAUAAGAGAAGGAUAAGGUAUCAGCUGGCUGGAGUGUGUGAGUUCGUGAGAGAGACAGCACAAUAAAUGUUUGCAUGGGGGUCUUGCAGUAACCUUCAAGGGUGGCCCAGAACAUUUUGCCACUGUAGGCAAAAUGCCCUGCUGCUCCCCCACAGAUCUUGGGCCUCUCCCUGACUACGCCAUUGUGCCCAGAUUGCCACUGGCCCAGCCACUGCAACUGUACCCUAAAUCUGCAGCUGCACUUGCACUGCCACCAUGAUGCAGUGGCAGCAGUGGGGGCGUGGCUUUUGUGGUGAGCACAGUGGUGGUGCUGCAGUGGUGGCACAGGUGAAGCUGCAGUGGGGCUGACAACUGCUGGGGUGGGGAGCAAUGGGCAGAUUUGCCUCCUGAGGCAAAGUUCUUCACCUCGGCUCAUGGAAGUGCUGGCCUUGGUAACCUUAAUCCUCUAAUUUUUUUAUUUUUUCUUCAGAUAAGGAAAGAAAGCAUUGAACUUCUGGAAAUGGGACUGAUCAAACUGUGCAGAGAGGGCUCUGUGAAAGUGGGACUCUUUUAGAUAUAAUGUUUGCCCUUGAAUUCAACUCAUCCUUCAGUCUGCCCAAGUUGAGGCUGCUUUUUAAUUCUGAAAUGCAUAUAGUAGAAACCCUUUUGUCACCCUUAAUUCUUUUGCAAUAAAGCCAGCUUUUGUAUGGAGUCCUCUCCUGAAAUGUUCACGUAUAAUGAUAUGAAAUCGAAAGUCAACACAGAUUUUUCCACCAGCACAUAAAGUAACUAUUAACUCAAAAGAUUUACUCAAAAGUAUAAGCUAGUGGGUAAGAGACUGUGUCACGGGUAAACUCAUUUCAGCAACAAGAUCACUAGGAAUCCUUGAAUGAGCCUCCAGGUCAGUUUGGGUGUACAUAUCUCAGCUUAAUAGGCUGCAGUUUAGAAAUAAUAGUGCCAGCUUACUUUAAAGAGCAGUUGCAAUGAUUAACAUGAUACAUGUGUACAAAACACCUGAGGAAAUAUAUAAAUUAUAACUGUUAAUAAUGAUUGUAAUGUCUCCUGAGCUUUUCAUCUGCAGCUCUGCUUAUCAAUACAGUUCAGUUUUCUGGAAGGAAGUAACCACCAAUAGAUCAUCUUACUGUGGCAUAACCAUGGCUAAAGUAUUUCCAAAAUAUCCUUAAAGAUCAGUGCCAGUGAUCAUAAUUGUCAAUGUAUAGGGAUAACUACCCCUCUUGUUUUUCUUUAGGGGAACUCCCCUGUGUUACUAAUAUCAUUACCAUAGAUCGUUGUAACCUGGAAUCUGCCACUGUGAAUUCAAAGCCUCAGGUAGCAAACUCUCGUUCUUGUGGCAGAUAUGUAGACCAGGAAACUUGAAGCAAAAUGGAUGCUACUUGUGAGUAGGAUGCUUAAUUGACCCCAGAAAAAAAUGCAGAACUGGUGUAACCAUUGUCUAUCACUCCAUUCUCACCCUACUUGUUAUUAGCAAAAUCUGCCCUUUUACCUCAGUUUCAAUGCAGCUUUGGAAUCUGUGAAGGCGGGGAGGAAGGGAAGCCUUAAGUUGUGUCAGUCGGUAAAAUUUAUAUGCUGAAAAUCAUUGGUCGUCACAAAAACACAAUCAAGUCAGCUAAUAAAUUUGACAGACAGAAAAUCUGAGGAGUAAUGUACCACCCCGCGUGCAGGAUUUCCAAAUAGACCAAUGCAGAUGAUCCUACUAAAUUGUGUCCUAAGCUGUGUGGAACAACAGUAACAGCUAAAAGGGUGGCAGCCUUGUGCAGGAAGCAGUGGCAGGUGCAGGAACCUAGCAGAUGUGUCAGGUUAAAGUACACAGCAGGAGGAUGGCACAGGCUGGCUAAAGGUGAUUAUGACAAUAAAGUACAAGGAGGGUGUUAUUCCCAAUCAAAUGGAUCAAGUUAAUAAGUAAUUCCAGGAAGUUACCAAGGUUCUUAAAAAUGCUAAGUAGAUAGCAACAGAUGAAAAAUACCUUACGGUACGACACAAAGGCCAGCCAAAGACUUGUCCGGCAUCAACAUGAAUGAAAAGAGCAGCGUUUCACCAAACCGUCCAUCGAGAUGCCCUGAUAAUACUGCAUAUAAACAACAGAGGCUCCCAGCCUGGAAGCCCCAGCUCACCCCAGAGCUCGUCCUCCCCAGUUUCUUUAUCAUUAGCCUCUUCUGCCUUGUGAUGGGAAUUGUACUUCUAUUGGCUGCGACAAGAGUCAAAGAAAUAAAGGUUUGUUUUCAUUGUGUGCUGGAAAGCAUGCAUUACAAUAUUGGUAGACUGUAAAAUAGAAAUUUACAAUGUAUUUAUUUUGUUUUGUUUCAUUUUCAUAACAUUUGUAUAUGAUGUCCUCAUUAAUCCUAAAGCCAUAAAAUAAACAUUUUGGUGCAAUCCCAAAAGUGAAAGUACUGACCUUGGCUCCCAGAGACCUGACUUCAAUACCCACUUUAGCUAUUAUGUUCUUUAUUUCUUUCGCAAAGGAAUCAAUAAUGUAAGUAGUCUAUACUGGUGAGCAUUGUAACAUCGAGGGAGUGAGGUAGUGAUCUGAGGCCAGACUUAAAAGCAUUACACUGGUGUGAGCAGCUUCAGUAAAUGAAUGGAUAGAAUAUCUGAACUGGCUUUUGGACCAACAGGUCUACCAUUGUCUAGAGAAGUUGGGAAGGGUAGACCCUCCAGACUAUUUAACAGUUAAGCAUUCUGAAGAUGCUGAAGAGACUACAGAUGGACCUGGCAAUGGUCUUGUUUAAAUUGUAUCUGUAGGCCAGCUGCCUUUGAGACCAUUGGUGGAAAGGUGAGUUAUAAAUAUUUCAAAUACAAUACUGGGGUGCCGUUAGACAAGCUUCCAGGCCUGUUCUCCACAGGGGUGUUUUUUACUCCUUUAAGGGUUGUGUUUGUUUGUUUGUUUGUUUGUUUGUUUGUUUGUUAACUGUUGUGUUUUUAAAUGCUGUAAACUACUCUGAGAUGUUCUGGUGAAGAACGAGUCAGAAGUACUAUUAACCACAAUAAGUGGCAAGCUUCUCUUGUAGAAUAGAUGUAAUUAAAAACAAUAACUUGGCCUGUUUCUUUCGUUUCUUGGCAGAUUAAUUAUUCCGAUAUAUGCUCACAUUGUUCAAAGCUGCGUGAAAACUCAUCAAACUGGGAGAAGGAAUGCCUAUGUUUCACCAACUUCACACUUCAGGAAAGCAUGCAGGUAAGUGAUUGUGGAAAAGGGAAUAAUAGGUUGGGUUUUUUUUAAUAAGCAACACAAGAGCAGAAUUAAAAUUAACUACAGGAGGAAAGGAAAAUGUUACCUACCAAACCUCAAAUAUUUUAAGGCUAUUGAAUAAAGAAAAAUACAUUGAUCCUAAGGAAACCAGAAUGAUUUUGAAGUAAACGUUUUGAAAUGUUUAAAACAUUUUUGAGCGUUUAGCUGAGUUAAACACUUUUAUACAGUAAUUUCAAUGAGAGUGUGUUAAGCACAUGCAUAAUUCUCACUGUAAAAUCAAUGGAACCUCAGUGCUUCAAUUAUUGGCCUGGUUGCACCCUAUGGUACUUUUAGCAUCUAUCCAAUUUUAAGCAAUUUUAGUGUGUUAGCUCUUGUCAUUCAAUGACUAGGGCUACAACCAUUAGCGUAGCGUGACCAGAUACAAAAAGAGGACAUUUGUCAUGCAGGCCACACCUGUCAAAUUUUCCUUUUCUGAUACAGGUGCAGGAGCCCCGUCUUCUUUUGCAUCUGGCACCCUACCUUAGGGAUUGAUUCCCAUAUCCCUGCCCAUCUCUCAGGAGCUUAUCCUUCAGUUUAUUCAAUCAAUGCUGAAUUCAGCAGCUGAGGAUGUGAACUGCCUCUGUGGAAAAAAUGUCAGGCAAUCAGAGCAGCCUGUCUAUGCUGUUUUGACUGAUUUCACGAGCGCAUCAAGCAAUGAACAUUAGAGGAAGACCUUGUGGAGUAAUCGGAAGAGAUCAUUUUCAUUUAUUGCUAGCCUUACUCCACAAACCAAUAAAGUAACAAUUUAGGCUUGUCUCUUGGGCUUAGUGGUUUGGAGUCACACCAAUUCUUGCCCAUCAAAGGUCUCUAGGGCUUUUGAUGGCACUUAGAUCUUGGACAUUCAAAUUACUGUCCCCCUUCAUAUUGGCUAUUGUCAAUAGUUUGCCAGAUUUAGCUUUGAAACUCAUUUUUUAAUUCCUACAUGUUAUCCCUUUAAAAAAAAAUUGCAGGGUGAUGUCUUCAUGUACUACGGAUUGCAUAAUUUUUAUCAGAACCAUCGUCGCUAUGUCCUUUCCAGAAGUGAUGCACAACUAUUGGGUCGGAAGGCAAACGUAAGGUGGUUUGAAAUUCUUUUAGUACUUCUGAUGUUUGGUUUUUUUAAUCACAUGAUGCCAUUUUAAAGGUAGUAAUUCUUAAUAUAUUAUUGACCAGAAAGAAGUCUAGCUGGUUCAGGAAUGUUGUGCUUGUCAUUCAUUGUCUGGACUUUGUUAUGUUAUGCUGAGUGAGGUGGGCAAUGUAAACAUUCGAGAGGGAGAGUCCUUUGCCAACUGGUAGCAGCCACACUAGGAAAUACACUCCCUGGCAUAGUGUGACAGUCUUUCCCCAUUGAUUUUUCAUCACCAGAUAAAAGACGUGUCUUUUUCAGAACACAUUUCCUGCCGUUUAUGAAUAGCUGCAUUGUUUAACAUUAUGG